CAGCUGCGAUGCUCCGAACUCCUUUAUUUUAUCAUGGGAGUGGGGACAUCUUUUGGCUGCAACGUUUGCGAGAGUAGCUGUACUAGUUUUAACAGGAAGGACAGGGCGCGUUUGCUUGACUGGACAGGACUCUUUUUUUUUAGUUUAUCUUCCUCCUAGAAUCCAUCUGCACUUCACCUCUUCCUCUCUGCCUAAUCCACAGAAGAAGAAGCUAGUCUUUGCUCUCAAAGUAUAGUAGUUCCGCAGCGUUUCGUGUUGUGAUCUUGUGCUCUUCCUUGUUCGGUUGUUACCGUGGAUCAUCGUCGUCUCUGUUGUCUUCGCCGCCAUCGACCUUUGCAGAUUUAAUGUCACGCCGUGGCUUGGAGAAGAAGCUUCUUCCUGCCAAGAGGGCAUGGAAGGCAAUCACCAACAAUCUCCGCUCGAGGCUGAACAAGAUCAAGAACUCCAGGUUCAUCGAAGAAGCCUCACACCGCCUGCUCUCCUCGCGAUUUACACGUUAUCUCCUCUCAUUGACCUGCCGAGGGCGUCGCUCUCUCGCCAGGACAAGUCCAUACACGGCACACCAUCAUCUCCAUCACAAUUAUUACCACUACAAGUAUCAGGGUCGCGAUGCUUAUGAGAAGAACUUCGCGCCGAUAUACAUAGAUAAACUCUUCGACGAGCCCUUGUCUGUGAGUUCCUCCAAGACUACCACAUGUGUGAAAGGAGAGACCAGCAGGUCGAGAACUGAGGUUGAAGGAGGAAAACUAGCAGGAGAGACAAAUGGGGAGAAAGAGUUCGACAUCGACGAACGGUGGAGGGCCAUUGUUGCAAAAUCGCCGCAGUUGCGCGUGGACGAGAGGGCGGAGGAGUUCAUCUCCAAGUUCAAGGAGGACAUAAAACUCCAGAGGGAAAGGUCUGAUAUUGAAUUCCAGGAGAGGUUGAAACGCAGCGCAUAGUAUAAGAUUUUCUGUGUGCUUUUCAUUUUCCUUCCCUUUUUUCGUUUAUUCGAUUGAAAUUUGAGUCAUUUUCCAUCUUUUCUAUUCCCUUAUAUCCCUCUUGAUGAGUGAAGAACAGAAGUAAUGGUGGUUCCGUUACAUUUGUAGGUUUCAUAAGCUGUGUAUAGGUUGCCUAGGAAUAUGUAUGGGUUUGGUUUCUGUAUGUAACAUUCUUUAUGGCUCUUGUCAAGAGGACAAAGAGCCUGUUAAGAAAAGGUUUGGAUCUAUAUACAAUGCUGGUGUUUUCUUCCA